AUGUUUAACGCGUGCAAAGGAAACAGCAACUUCUGUCGGGAGGAAAGCGAAGACACGAAAGAGCUCCUUCAUGAAGGAAGGCAUGACCUGUUUGAUCAACAGCUGGGGAAGGAGAAUGGGCAAUUUAAGAAGAUCAUCGAGGGGGAGCCCGACCAGACGAAGGCCGUCGAAAUUGGCCAGCGCACGGAGAGGGAAUACGUUGCCAUAACUGCCUACCAACCAGUGGACGUCGUGACGAGGACAGUCGAGGUGCCCUUUGUGCGCACCAUAGAAACGAUGGUUCCGAAAAUAACGUACGAGAGCAAGAUUAGGGAGGUCCCCAAGUACUACUCCAAAAUUGUGGAAAAGAUCGUGGAAGUACCAGAGGUCAAAUUUGUCGACAAAAUUGUGGACGUGCCGCGUAUCCAGUACUGCUUCAAGUAUAUCCCCAAGGUGGAGGUGAAGGAAAACAUAAUUGAGAGACCAGUCUUCCAAAAGAAAAUCGUAGAAAAAAUUGUAGAAGUACCCAAGGUGAAGGAGAUGCAGAGGUUCCAGGAGGUCGAAACGGUGGAAUACGUGAUAAAGUACGUACCGAAGGGAUUCACCGAGGGAAGAAAAAAAUCAGACAAGGACAACGACGACAAGGAUGACAACGAUGACGUCGAAGAAGAAGGUACAGAUGAAGAAAGGGACAAAGACGAAGGAAAAGAAACAAACGAGGAGCAGGAAGAUGCUGACAAUUCCAGAUUUUACGAAGCGAAAAAUUAUUCUGAAGGAGCCAAGCUGGUUAGUAACGCACAGACGGACCAGGCCCAAUUAUGGGGACAGACAAUGUCUAUCGGCCAGGAUAGGAUGUUUCCGUACGUUUUUAGUAGACCCAUGCAAGGACAGGUGGAGGCACAUGCAGGGAUGGGGACUCCUUGGGGAAGUGCUCUGGUUGGGGCAGAACCAUAUGGUGAAGCAUACGAAGGAGGAGCAGUCCACCCCACGUUUGACAUGCGAAAUGAGCUAUCCCUAAUGCACCUGAAGGAGAAGAACGGUUCGCUGUUACCAACGCCACGGAUAGAACAGGUGUUUAAACCGAAAAUUGUGAAAAACAUAGAAGUGCAGAAGCAUGUACCUAUUUCGGUGGAUGUUCCAGUUCCCUAUAUGGUCCCAAAACCUGUGGUUGUUAAUGUAGAAGUACCUGUCCUUAAAUUUAGGGAUACAUUUGUGCCUGUACCGGUUAGGCGAAAAAUCAUCCCAAAAAUUAAGUGGAUCUCGGAUGUUUAUCAGGUGGAAUGCAUAAAGGAAAAGCCGUAUUUAAAAAUCCAAGACGUAAUAAGACCAAUUCCUUGUGACGUACAAAUUAAGUAUAGGAAGUAUAUGGAGAAGGCUUGUGCUGUGAACCCUAAUGAGUUACCACAGGAUGAUGUGCACGCCAUGUGGAUGCGUGUGAAUGCUCACCUGGCUGAGGAGAAGAAGCGGGAGUAUGGCGACCUGUACCCGUACUAUCGAGGCGAAGGAGAAGGAGAAAACGACAGCAACAGCAGCUCUGGAAAGGACGAGCAGGACGGAAGCGAUGGUACAGAAUCUUCGGAAGAGGGAAAGAUACACGAAGGAGAAAUAAGGGAAGGCGCUUUGGAAGAGGAAGGGGAAGUCUCAGGUAGGGCGAGCAAGCAGGGGGAAGACAAGGAAGAGAGCGCCAAAGGGGAAGAGACCACCAGCAUUGAAAAAAUCGUGGAGAUGGAACAAAGGGAAUCGCCUAUCUCAAAUGGGGAAAUCAUACAAAUGGAAGAGGUCACGCAAUACGGACCAAUUAUGGAAGUCCUAAGGAGAGAGCAGGGCGAAAUGGACCAAACGAAGGCGGAGGAAUGGAGACAAGUAGAAGGAAUAGAAAAGGUAAGCGCAGAGCAGAAUAUCUUUUACGCCUAUGAGGGGUCGGAGCAAAUGCAAAAGGAGGGAAGAAGUUGCAAUAUGUUUUGUAAAAAUGGAAAUGACCAUGUUAGUGGCACAUGGGCAAAUGAGGACAGAUACAAUUUCGAAUGCGUCGAUGAAUUCAUGAAAGAGAUGAAGAAACAGGAUCAUGUAGAAGAAGGAGCGGUGGCUUCUCUGUACCCAUCACACCCUCUAGCCAUGACGUACUUGCAGAACAAGUGGAUUCAGACAGACACACUGAGGACACAUGAACUUUACCAGGACGACUUCGUUAGGGCAAGCAUUAAUGCGAAUUUUAACCUACAAAAUAGGAACCCAGUAAUAUCAGAGGUUAUGAAAAAUCAGGAUUUUUUAAAAACUGCCAACCCUCUCAUUUCUCCUUUUUUUCCGAGGAAUAUACAGAACAUAGAAAAUACCUACAACAGAGUUAUAGUGCAGAAUAUACAGGAGGAGAAUAUGCGAUGCCAAGGGGGUACUAACAAGUAUGAGCGAAAGGUGCAUGCCGUUGCGGGGGACACGGAGAUCAGGAUGUAUGACGAAGGGGUGGCUGGACAGGGGUGCCAUUCGGGGGGGAAAUGCUUCAGCAACUUUUGCAAACACUGA